UUUCGGGAAAGGGACGUUACUGUCUGGAAGGUUUAGCUAGAACAGAGGUGGACGACGUCUCGGUUUAAGCUGCCAAAUAUCAAGAAAUUCCGUGGAUUUAAGCCAGUAUAUCUUUCCAGUUGGAUACUGUGUAUUUUUCUUGGGGACUUUUGGAAUAAAACAGCCACCAAGCGAUUCUUAAAAUCUCCCCAGCGAGGAACUCCAACUUGAUUGAAGUCUAAUGUACUAAACGAAACGGAAGUAAUUUGCCAGCUGCCUGGCUAAAGCUUCGAGUGUCUGAAUGCCAACUCUGUGGGUUAUGGAGUGGAGCAGGCUACUCUGUGGGAAGAUGAGGAGGUCCAGUAGGAAGGCUCAACUCUCCCCCUGUCCUACUUCCACUUGGGGCCUGGAGAUCCACUUUUACACACCCGAAGUUCACCAGCUGGAGUACCUCCAUGGCUGCUACACUGCAGAGGAGCUCUGUGUGGAUGCUGCCAAGAAAUGCUCAAUCUCUCCCUUGUGCCAUAACUUAUUUGCCCUGUACAAUGAGUCAACAGGCAAGUGGUACCCCCCCAACUAUGAGUUCAAGAUCACAGAUGAAACAAGUCUCAAGGUGCACUAUCGCAUGAGGUUUUAUUUCAGAAACUGGCAUGGAACCACUGAAGGAGAGUCUCCAGUUUGGAGACAUUGCAUCAGCAAACUCAGAGGAGGACUUAGCCCACAGAGAACACCCGAGGGGACGCCCCUUUUGGACGCUGCCUCUCUUGACUACCUGUUUUCCCAGGGCCAGCAUGACUUUCAGAAAGGAGUGGUUCCACUACGGAUGUCCCAUUCGGAGGCAGAGCAACAUGAGAUAGAAAAUGAAUGUUUGGGCAUGGCCGUGCUUGCUAUCACUCACUAUACCACCAACUUAGAGAUGCCAGCUUCCCAUGAAAUCAGCUACAAACGUUUCAUCCCAGAGUCGCUGAACCGCAACAUUAAGCAGCGCAACGUUCUGACACGCAUCCGCAUUAACAACGUCUUUAAGAAAUUCCUCACUGAAUUCAACCGUCGCACAGUCAAGGAUAGCAACAUCACGCCGUACGACCUGAAGAUCAAGUACCUGGCCACACUGGAGGGCCUGACCAGUGGACUGGGCAGUGAGCUGUUUGAGCCCAUCUCCCUCAGUGUAACACAGGAAAGAGAGCUUUGCAAUGGGAAUUAUUAUGGAUCCUACAACCAGAGCCAAGGGCAGAGCCAGAGUCAGAACAUGGAAACAAGCCACGACAUGCAGGUCCUGGUUACUGGCACUACUGGCAUUUCCUGGAGGAAGAAGCUUGCUACACUGCCCUUAAUCUCCAAAGAGAAGCACAAGUCGAAGAAGAAGAAGAAGCAGGAAGGAAAACACAAGAAUGACAAAAAGAAAGAGGCGAGUGAAGGCUGGGAGGUGUUCUGUGACUUCCAUGAAAUCACCCACAUCGGCAUCAAAGAAGCAACGGUCACCAUCUUCAGACAGGACAAGAGGAUGGAGUUGCAAAUGGCUUGUAGGAAUGAGGCUCUGUCCUUUGCAUCCCUUGUGGAUGGGUACUUCAGGCUGACAGUGGAUGCGCACCACUUCCUGUGCACAGAGGUGGCCCCUGCUUCGGUGGUGCAGAACAUCAAAAAUGACUGCCAUGGACCCAUCUGUACGGAAUAUGCCACCCACAAGCUGCGUCAGGAGGGCAACGAAGAGGGCACCUACAUCCUGCGCUGGAGCUGCACUGACUACCAGUACAUCAUCAUUACUGUGGUCUGCACUGAGCUCGACCGGAGGGAGUCUCGUCCUGUGAAGCAGUAUAAGAACUUCCAGAUUGAAAGAGUCUCUGAUGGGUUCCGUCUGUACGGCACUGAGACGUGUCGAGCCUCUCUUAGGGAGCUGCUGGAACACCUGAAGGGUCAAAGUCUUCGCACGGACAACCUCCACUUCCAGCUGCUGCGCUGCUGCCCUCCACAGCCUGGAGAGGUUUCUAACCUGCUGGUGGUCACUAAAGACAGAGCACUGGUGGCUCAUUCACCGAUGCAGGAUAGUCAGCUCAGCUUCCAUCGCAUUCUCAAGGAGGAGAUUGAACAGGAGGAGCACCUUGGCCUUGGCACAAGGACCAACAUCUACUCUGGCACACUGAGGGUGAAGAGUGAAGAGGAAGAGGAGGAUGCAGGUUACUCAUCCUUCCAGGAGGUGAAAGUGGUCCUGAAGGUGCUGGGUUCUGGACACAGGGACAUCUCCUUGGCCUUCUUCGAAACGGCCAGUAUGAUGCGACAGGUGUCCCACAAACACAUAGUGCUGCUGUAUGGAGUGUGUGUCCGCCACCAGGAGAAUAUCAUGGUUGAGGAGUUUGUCCAGCUAGGACCAUUGGACUUGUUUAUGAGGAGACAACAGAGCCCACUGAGCACACCUUGGAAGUUCCAGGUGGCCAAGCAGCUGGCUGCUGCUCUCAGUUACUUGGAGGAUAAAAAGCUGGUCCAUGGAUUUGUCUGUGCCAAAAACAUACUUCUGGCCAGGGACGGGCUAGGAACCGAUGAAGGAGGGCCCUUCAUCAAGCUCAGCGACCCUGGCAUUCCAAUCACAGUACUCACCAGAGAGGAAUGUGUGCAUCGUAUCCCAUGGAUCGCUCCGGAGUGUGUGAAGAGCGUGUCUGCCCUGAGUGUUGCAGCUGACAAGUGGGGCUUUGGUACCACCCUGUGGGAGAUCUGCUAUGAUGGAGAGGCCCCCCUCAAAGAGAAGAAGCUCACAGAGAAGGAGAGGUUUUAUGAAAAAGAGUGCCAACUGGCCACUCCAGACUGCAGAGAGCUGGCUGAACUGAUGACUGACUGCAUGAACUACGACCCCAAGAAGAGACCUUUCUUCAGGGCUAUUGUCAGAGACAUAGACCUCCUUGAAGAAAAGAACCCAUCUAUCAAACCCAAACCUACAGCAGAGGUGGACCCAACAGUUUUUGAAAAGAGAUUCCUGAGGAAGGUCCGAGAUCUGGGAGAGGGCCACUUUGGUAAGGUGGAGCUGUGUCGCUACGAUCCUCGGGGGGAUAAAACAGGUGAACUGGUGGCAGUGAAGUCACUAAAGCCUGAAAACCGUGAGGAGCAGAGCACCAACCUCUCGCGCGAGAUUGACAUCCUGAAAGCACUCUACCAUGAAAACAUUGUCAAAUACAAAGGCAUUUGUCAAGAGGAAGGUGGUCAGGCCAUUAAGCUGAUCAUGGAGUACGUUCCACUGGGUAGUCUGAAGGAAUAUCUACCCAGACACAAGAAAGAUACCAACCUCAGCACCCUGCUCAGCUACUGUGUCCAGAUAUGCAAGGGAAUGGACUAUCUGGGAUCGCAAAACUACAUCCACCGCGACCUGGCUGCCCGAAAUGUGCUGGUAGAGAACGAGAGGACGGUGAAGAUCGGAGAUUUCGGCCUCACCAAGAGCAUCAAGGACAACGAGGGAUAUUACACUGUCAAGGAUGAAAAUGACAGCCCUGUUUUCUGGUAUGCUCCGGAGUGCCUGACCCACUGCAAGUUCUACCUUGCUUCAGACGUUUGGUCCUUUGGAGUGACGAUGUACGAACUCAUCACCUACUGCGACUCCACCAAGAGCCCGAUGUCGCUCUUCCUCGGCAUGAUGGGUCGGACUCAAGGUCAGAUGACUGUCAUCCGACUGGUGAAGGUGUUGGGAGAAGGGAGGAGGUUGCCACGUCCUGACGGCUGCCCUGAGUCUGUAUAUGAGCUGAUGCGCAGAUGCUGGGAGCAAAUGCCUGAAAAGAGAAUCACAUUUAAGCGCCUGGUCGAGGAACUGACCAACAUGCAGCAGCAGGAGCCCCAACUGCAAAACGACCUGUAAACCUCAAACUGUUUGAGGCCCGAGGAGUGAAGAUAGCAAAGAUGGCAAAACUGACCCCAGAUCAGCAACUGCUUUGCACAGCUUCACAACACCGAGUGACAGUCCUGAAGGAUCAGAGUUUAGCGCAAAGACAUGUGCUUUAUUAUUCAGAUAUAAACCUUCCACAGCUUUGGUAUAAAGACUUUUAGCCCUAAUUACUCAUCAUUUUAGUCUGCCAUGUGUCUAAUAUUUUUACUUGAUACUCUCAUAUUUGUUAUUUUUCUUUUGACAUUUUCUCCUUUGCAUGUUUUUAAUGAGACGAGUCAGUCCUGUUGAAUCAUGCAACCGAAACCCAUGUUUAUUGUGACCUUAUAACUUACAAAGGACUUUCAAGUAUAUCUAACAUAUUUAGCCAUCUACGUUGCAAGAAACAUCAAACUCAUGUGGACUUAAGGCGCCCCAAAGGCCUUGUAAUUGAGUGGACCUAGUGGCCGAUGUCACUUUCAAUCACAGAGGCUUGAAAGAUGGAAACCGAGGUCGCUGAUGAAUCAUCUCAAGAAGUGCUUGGAUGGAUGAGAUGAAGAAGAUGAGACACGGGUAUUAACACAGAUGCUCAAGAUGUGGUCUUUGAAGCAGCUUUCUGUUUGUUUUGUGGACUCCUCUGCUGGGAAGAAAAUCACCUGAUUAAUUCUCCUGGAGCACCACAGAGUGAUCUGUGAAAAAUGUUUGAAUUUCCUGUUCAUCGUGUGCAGGUCAGCAAUGUUCCUCUUCUCUCUGUCUUUUACAGUUUGAGCAAUGCUUCAGUUGUUUAGGUCAUUUCUAGUUAAAAUGACAAACAUUGAUUGGUUUUAGCGUCUCGGCUGUGAGGAGAAUGGGACAGACAUUUUAAAGAUCAGUUAAUCAAGAAAAUAAUGACCUGAUUUAUCAAUAAUGAAAACAAAUAGAAUAGUUUCUCUGAGAAGGAGCUGCUUGAACAGGAACCAGGAAGUCACUUUUUUUUUCUUUUACGGAUCAUUGGCCCUCUUAUUAGUCAGCAGGAGGAAACGUUUUCUCACACAGGAAAAAAAAAAAAAAAAAAAAAUCACCUCUCUCUGACUGUAUCAGGCCCAGUUGUGAGAUCUGGUUGUGAUUGAGAUGGUUCUGCUUACAUGCCUGAAAAGAAAAUCACGUUUCAGCGCCUGUUCGGUGGGUUCAGGUCAUUAAAUAGCGUAAUGGAUCUUUGAAAAGGACCUGCAUGCGUCUGCUUAGUCGCACCGGAGCCCUGGAAUAUACAGUUAACACUUGUGUUAGUUGAAGAAUGAGAGCCUAAGUUCCUCUGAGAGACACUUGAGGGCAGUAUCACUUCACAUUUUCUCUUUACUGUUUUAUAGUUUUACUCUUCACUUCAAAUCUGUGAAAGCCAGAAAUACUUAAUUACUCGUCUAUAUAAUAUUGAUACAGUAUCGUGGAGAAAAAAAUGGUUAUGCUCAUAAUUGCAGAUCGGUUGAUGCAUCGCUGAUAACUCACAUGAGCAGUCACAUGGCAUUUUAUGCUUCAUUUGUUCAGAAAAUGAUUUCUUUUGAACUGUGUAUGCGCAUUUUAUUUGUACUGUUUUCUUUUUAAUCCUCCAAUAUGAAAAGAUAGUGUAUUUUAAGUUUGUAUGUGAAAUGGUUGGAUCAUUUGAGCAGAGGGGCUUUUUUUUUGUUUGUUUUGUUUUAAAUCCAUCAGUAGAUGUGAACCAUGCAGCCGUAAAAUCUCAGUGAGACCAGAAACGAUCCAUUCUGUUUGAUGGAAGUGUAUCGCUUUACUGUGAAUGCUGGCAGAAAAGGCAAAAAAAAAAAGGACUCAAAAAGACAAAAGUAGCUCCUCAGCCCACAUUUUAUUUA